UCGACUAGUGCAUUUAUGACUAUGCUCAGGCGGUCAUAAGAUGGUAAAGUGGCCUCACUUUGGCCAUCGGAUAAGCUAUCUUUAUAUUUUUUUCAUCCAAAAAUAAGAAAAAGGAGAGUAGAUAGAUUUCUUGAGGAUUCUCCAAAAGCAGAAAAGGAGUACCUGUUCAAAUGGAGGAGAAGCAGCUGGAUUAUGUUCUGGUGCCUCUGGGGAUGUUCAUAUUCCUGGUUUAUCAUGUUUGGCUGCUUUACACCAUUAUAUACAAUCCCAGGAAAACUGUUGUGGGACUCAAUGCUGAAAGCCGUCGAAAUUGGGUUUUCUCCAUGAUGAAUGAUCCACUUAAGAAUGGUGUUUUGGCAGUCCAAACUUUACGCAACAACAUAAUGGCAUCAACUCUAUUGGCAACAACAGCUAUUACUCUUAGCUCUCUGAUAAGUGUCUUUGUAAGCAAUGCCUCAAAUUCUUCGUCUUCAAAGUUAGUUUAUGGAAAUAAGACUUCAUUUUUGUCUUCUGUCAAAUUCUUUUCUAUCUUGCUUUGUUUUCUUGUUGCUUUUCUUUGCAAUGUGCAGUCUAUUAGAUACUAUGCACAUGUUAGCUUCUUAGCUACUGUGCCUACCUUCAAGGACCAAAACGACUGUAUUGAGUAUGUUGCAAGAAAUUUGAACAGAGGAAGCUUCUUCUGGUCACUUGGAUUAAGAGCAUUUUAUAUGUCAUUCCCUCUUUUCCUUUGGAUUUUUGGACCUAUUCCCAUGUUUGUCUGUUGCUGUAUGAUGAUAUUUCUUCUUUACUUCUUGGACACAACUACAAGCUUUACGAGAGAUCUCCACUGUAAGUCGAUCAAAGAGGAAGCAAUAGCCAAUGAUGUGGAAUCAAUUCAUCAUUCAUUGUAGUGGUUGAGAAGUAAAAGGCCCCUAGUUGGUCAUGAGGUUUUUGGAGCAUAGCCAAUCAAAAAAUGUCUUGUAUCUGUACUAGAACCUUUAGUUUCAGUGUAAUAUUUUCCACAGAGAACGACCAAGGUGCUAUGUAAAUAGUUCUUAUCAACUGAUCUCUUGGUCAACAAGAUGCUAUUCAAAUUCCGCAUGGUUUUCAUAUGCUUCAA